AAUAAAUAAAUAAAUAAAAAAAAACUGCUAACUGCUAAAAUACUUUAUUUUCUUAAAAUAUCCAAUUUUUAUUUAAUUCGGAAGAUCUGGCUAAAUUUUGGUUAACUCAGCCGAAAGUAAGACAGUAUUACAUAAAGGGUAAUGUGUAACAGAAAUAAUGGAUAACAAUAACAAUAAUACCACGAAUAUUCAAGAAUUAAAUGAAGCUAUUCGUAUCGAACUUGAUAGGCAAGACUCCGUAAUAAAGCAACUUUCUGACAAGUUUGGAAUGACUGAAAAUGUUAUCAGGAAUAUAAUGAAAGAGAAAAGACCGGUUGUUAGGAAAGAGAAAAAUUUUACCGCAUUUAACAUGUUUGUUGAAGAUUCAAAGUUACGAGGAAAAAAUAAUUAUGAAUCACGGUUAAUGUGGGACCUGAUGUCAUCGGAACAAAAGUUAUCAUAUCAAGCAGAAGCUAAUAAACGUAAUCUUGAAAAUUGUUAUUCCGAAGUUAAAUAUAUCCAAAAUUCUGAUGAAAGAAUAAGUGUAUUAAAAGAUGGUUUAAGAGAAUUAAAGUAUCAGUGCUGUCGAUUAAAUCAAGAAUGUGGUUGGGAUUUCUUAGUUAUUACUAUUGAACCAAACGUGAUGCCAAAUUCUUCAUUUGGGUUUGGAAGUUCGUUGACAAAUGAUUUUUGUAUUGAACAAUCUGAUGAUAUUUUACAACUUAGUAAAAAAUUAUAUCAAUAUGGCGAAUCAAGGAAAUACCAAAUAAUAUCAAAACAACAAAUUGAUACAGAAAACGAUAAAUUAGAAUCCUUAAUAUCUCAAACGCCAUCAUUGAAUUGUCAAUCAUCGUUUACAAGUGAAAGUGCAAUUGAUAAUAAUGAUGAUAUUGAUUCCGAAUAUUCUACUUCUUCUUUAUCUUCUAUGUGUAUGAAUUCCGACGAAUUCGAUGAAAAUUUAGAUAUGGAUUCCGAAUCAUCAUCUACGGAUUCUGAGGAUUUAGAUGAAAGUUUUGUAACUGAAACCGAUAAAGAAACAGAAGAUGAUGAUAAGACUGUUUGUGAUGAUGAGACAGAUUUAGCCGAUGAUCCUACAUAUAAAUUACUUUCUCAAGAUUAUAUGAAUGUUCAUCUUGAUAAUAAAUUAAAAUCUGCCGUUAGAAAAUUCUUAAAAGCAAGAUUUUGUGCUGAUACUGGAAAAAACAUCAAUAUUCCUUACAAAGAUUGGAAAAAACAGACAAAAUAUUCGAUAUCUGGAUGGCCUGAAAAUAUAAAGUUUGAAGAUUGGGCAAAGGUUAAAGAAAAAAGAGAAGUAUAUCGUCAUUUACUUGAUGUUCAUUUUCAUGUUAAUGAGGAAGCUCCAGAAUUUGUUAGGAUUAAUAAGAAGAGAAGAAAGAUAGCAUAAUGGUUAACUUUCUCAAGACCAGAAUAUUUAUUUACUUAAAUUAUUUUAGAAACACUGGAAGAAUUAGACUAAGUAUUUUAGCAAUAAUUAUUUUUAACAAUACGCG